AUGUUCUACCCCGAAGACUUCAUAAUAACCAAAAAGGGGUCCAACCUGGGCAUCAUUUGGCUCAUGGGCACCCUCGGCCCGCGAGACAAGAAGCUCGGACGCAACUCAAAGGCCAUCACCAAUGUGAAGAUUUCACGCGUGUGCGACGAUAUUGCCGAGCCGCCCGAGCCCAUGUCACUGCGCUUGAGCAGUCAUUUACUUGUCGGCGUUACUCGUGUCUACGGCCGCAAUUAUGGCAUCUUUGCUGCGGAGGUGCAGAACUUCCACACGCUCCUCCGUCGCUCCGAGGCGUCACUCGCCACUGGCAAGGGCCCCAACAACGGUGGCAUUGACCUCCCCGGAGGAGGUAUCAGCCGGAUCGACCAGAUCACCUUCGCCGCUUUCAACCCCGACAUCGACGCCAUCACCAAUUUUGACUUCGAGUUCAUCAACUGGAACGACCCGAACUUUGGCCCAGUGGCGAACAACCGCAAGCGCCGUGCAAGCUCCAAGUUAUCGUCCCUCCCGACUCAGCCGACACAGGAGGAGAGUGAGGACGAGGAUGACGAAGAUGGGGAGGACCAUACUGGCCGCGUGAACCGCAAGCGCAGGCGCACUGGAUCCCAGGACCUCCACCACCGCGGUUACAGCCACGACCGUGACGACGAUAGCAACCUCGACUCGAUUCUCAAGGACGCGCUCGACCAGCAGGAGUUUGAGCCAAUGGACCUCGGAUUAGACGCGGACCUCUUCAUGCCCCCUAGCGACGACUUCAGUGCCGGUGGCAACAUGUUUGACGGUCCCGGGGACUUUGGCAUGCUGGACAUGAACUUCAACCAUGACAACCUGAACCAGGUGUCGCCCCUGAAGAGCGCCAUAAAGAAGAGGAAGACUGCAGACGAUGAGAGCAGCGAGACUGCCUCUGACGUCGAGGAGAAUCUUAAGGUCGACCCAAAGGUCAAGAAGACUCGCAAGAAGAAGGUCAAGCGUGUUACAUUCGACGAGGUGAGGGGCAAACUGGGAAUAAAGCUGACCACCAAGGACAUCGAGUUCAACCUCAACCAGACCAACUUUGGAGGUUACGAAGCCGAGAUGGCCCGGCAGAAGACGGCCGUGGAGGCCAAGAAGCGUGACAAGGAACUCGACAUUAAGGCCAAGGCUAUGGUGGAUGGCGCCGGUCUCUGGAUCACCUGUCAGCUUAGCAGUCCCGUGUUGAAGCUGACGAGCACAGUCCUUGACGAAGACAUGGCCGCCUUGUUCGCGACAAUGGCCCAGCCACCCAAGUUCGGCUGGGAGAUCGACGCCGAGAACCCCAGCAGCUCCAAGACGACGCCCGAGAAGUCACCAAGCCUGGAAGAGCGUCCCCCACAGAACCCCACGGACGUCUUCGGCGAGAUGCACAUGAUCGACGAUGCUCCUUUCAUGGAGAUGCUGCCCGGCUCGGAAGACGCAUUCUUCCGUCGCACCCCCAGCGAAGUGCCCGAUGAAGUCGGCCGUCGCUUCUCCCAGCACAGCCAGCAGCUUCCGUGGGACGGCGUCGCCUCGAGCGACUUUGGAGGCCUCGACUACCCCGACGGUCUUCGCUCCAGCAUCACACCGAUGAGCGCGCGCAUCAGUCUCAUGACUCCACUGGAGAAGCGGUUAGCUAACCCGACGUGCUUCGAAGCUAACACCAUCAGCAUUCGCUCUGGAAACGCCAAGAAGUCGAUCAGCGGCUCAGUCAAUCGUCCUCGUCAGCGUUCCCGCUCCGGCUCACUCCUCAGUCACAUGGCCGACGACGAGGAGCUGAUGCUGUUCAAGGGAAAUGAUGACGAUGACCGGGAGCUGCCAGACCACAACGUCAGCGCCUCGCAGCUCUACGACGAGAAUGACCGCAACCCGUUCAGCCCCGUCAUGCUCGCGACGCUCGAGACGCAGUGCCGCAGCUUCUUCACAUUCGUCGAGACGGAGAUGAUCCGCAAGGAGGUCGACGAGCUCGAGUUUGACGAACUCGUGGACCGCGGCGCCACGAAGCGUGUGGCAGCGGCUGCAUUCUACAACUGCCUCACGCUCGCGACCAAGGCGAUUCUGUCCGUGCACCAGCCGGAGCGUCAGGUCCUCGACUACGACGACGAGGACGAGCCGCCGACCGAGCAGCCCAUCACCAUCCGCAUCGCUCCUCGCCCCAUGGCCGCGGAGUAA